AUGGCUGAGUAAAAGGAAGAAGUUAUUUUAAAUUCAGAUGAUGAAGAUUAAUAUGGUUUGCCUGCUUGCGGGUCAUCAGGCGAUCCAGCUCAUAAGUUGAAAGUUUUUGAAACUAAAAAAGAUGACAAAUGUUGCAAAUCUUUAAAGAAACCAGUAGAAGGUGGUGAUUGCAAAUCAUGUGAUUGUGAUUGUAAAGAAUGCAGUUGUGAAAAGAAAGAUAAGGAAGAAAAGAAAGUUGAUGAAUCUGAAUUAGAUGAAGCUAAAAAGGGGAAGAAAAUCUGUUAUAAAUGCAAAGAAUAGGAAUCUCAAUACAAGUACAGAUAAGACUUUGCAUGCAAAAAGUGCUUUGAAAGCAAUAUAGAUCAUAAAUUUAAGGCAAAUUUGAAGUUAAAGAUUAAUUUAGGUAGAAAUGAAAAAUGUUUAGUUUGUGUUAGUGGAGGAGCCAAUAGUUUAGCUCUAGCCCAAUUAGUUUCUAACGCUCUUCAUAACUCUAUGGGAAAAAAAAUGUUUUUUGAAGCUGAAUUAUUUUAUAUUGAUGAAGAUAUUCUCUAUAAAAAGGAAAAGUAAGCAGAAAAUCUUGAAAAAGUAAAUAAAAUGGCUGAAUUAUUGAAAAUAAAGUUAACUAUUGUUAAGUUGACAGAUAUUUACAAAGAUAUAGAAAGCGAAGCAGAAAGAGAGAAUAAAUUACUUAGUUUGUUAAAGCAAUUCAAGGCUAUAGCUUCUUGCUAAGAAGAUUUAGUUAGCUUCUUCAAAACCUAAUUAUAUUUGGAAUAUGCUUUCAGAAAUAACUUUGAUAAGGUUCUUCUUGGUAACUGUGGUUAAAGACUUGCCAGUAAAAUUUUUACUCUUUUUACUAAAGGAAGAGCAGCUUCUUCAGAUAACGAAAUUUAAUUCAUCGACAAUGUCAGUUAUGAUAUUCUUGGUAGAUUCUUUGACUUACAUAAUGAAGAUAAUAAAGUAUAUAGUAAAAAAAUCCUUGGUAUUGGUAGACCAAUGAAAGAUUAUCUUAAUAAAGAAAUUAUGAAUUAUUUACAUUGUAUGGGUAUCCUUAAUUUAUUAACUGAAAGACCCUUCUACCUUUGUGAAUAGGAAAAACCAAAUCUCAAAUUACCAGGAUAUGGUAAUUUAGACAGAAUCAUGGAAAAUUUCAUUGAUAACAUCUAAGAAAACUUUGUUUCAACAACUCACACAAUCCUUCACACAAGUGAAAAAAUUAUCAAAAAAUUUGAACCUCAAAAAGGUUUAUUACAAAGAUGUCCUCUUUGUUUCUAAUUCAGAGAUAAAAUUUCUAAUGUACUAGAAAUAGAAACAUUUGAUUCCAAUUUGACACAUUCUUUAGAAGGAGAAUAAAGUGAUGGUGUUAGAACAUAAGAAACUUUAAAAUUAAAAUACUUGGAAACUGAUAAAAUCAAAAACAGAGAUAUGAGAGAAUUAGUGCUCUGCUUCGGCUGUAGAAGAAUUUUGUAAAGUCAAGUCAAGGACGAAAUAAAAAUUUUUGAAUCUGAUUUACUACCAAAUCAAAUAGUUAAACGUGCUUCAUACAUUGCAUAAAAUACAGAUAUUUUAAAGCUUUUCUGA